GUUGAUGAUAUCAUAGUUGCCAAAUGUAUAUUACCAAAGAAACGGUCUACACAAGUUCAUUUCGCUUUUAAUGUUAUUAUUGACACACGAAGUUCCCUUACCUCUUUUUCUAAAUUCUAAUGUAGAUCUUGAUAUUUAGAUAUAACCAAACUAUAUAAAAGAAAAAAAAAAAAAAAAAUUCUAUGCUAGUGUGUAGAACGAGAAUACAAUUUGUAGAGUAACUAAAUUAUAUUUGAUGAAAAUGGCGUGGUGAAAGCUACUUUCCACGUUUUAUAGGGCUCUGCAAGUACUCGUUAAUAUUUUUCCUGUGCUUUCUAAAUUGAUAAUAAAAUAGAAAUGAUCCAGUACAUACGUGGAAAGAUCAUAAUUCAAUUUAAUAUACUAAAUUAAUAAACUUAUUGUCGAUUAUAUGUAAUAGUAAAAUGUGAUACAUACGUGUUUUGUGUGUAACGCUUGGUUUUUUUAUAAAUGAAAGCGAAAAACUAAAGAGAUGAAUUAGGAAAGCUGGUCUUUUAUCUGAACGUUUGCAAAAAUGGAAGAUAGUUCAAAUUCAGGAAAUUUAUGGCAUAAAAGCAAAGUAGAGGAACAGCAGGCUGAUCUAUUUAACGGAGAAUCAACGACUGGAUCGGUAGAAGCUAAUUCUACUUCCUUAGCUGAUAUAUUUGAUACGGCAUUCUCGUCUACAGUUGAUCCAUCUCCGCAAUCUCGUUUUACUUCUGGAAAUGAGAUGGAGUACGAACAUUUAUUUGCAGAAAGUGAUAUCGAAGAAUCAGAGGUAGCACCUAUGGAAUCAUAUAAUGAUACGGCGCAUGCUAGUUCACAAAAUAGUUUUAUGUUCGGAGGCUACAUUACAUCUAAUACGAAUGGUAAUUCCAAUGAAUAUUGGCAAACUGAUACUUUAAAUUGUGAUAUGUGCCAAAACAGACAAGAGAGAACUUUUAAGAAAGAAUCAGUUACACGGCAGUUGAAUAGUGCUAGAGAAGAUAGAACUGGCGAUACUUAUAGACAUAAAAGAAUUUUACACGAUCAAGAUGGAUCGGUGAAACAUAAAAAAAAAGAAAAUGAUGAACAAAAACGUAGAACUGAUCAACAAGUAGAUAACUUCAAUAUAGCUGGACCAUCUAGGACAUCAGAUUAUUACAAUUCUAACAGUUCCGUGAAAUCAUCAGAACAUAUUAAUGGUGUUAAUGGUGCUUUACAGACUGUUGAAAAUAGAAAUAUCAAUGAAUCUAACAAUUUAUGUCAUUCUGAUUUAUCUACUGUAAUAAACUCUCAAGAAGCGCAUACAAAUAUAGCUCAUUCAUCAAGAAUUGAUGAUGCUCCAUCGGCACCAGAUUUACAAUUGGACUGGUCAUCCAGUAGCGAUAGUGACGAUGAAGAUGGAUCUAUAGAAGUACUUGGAACUGUAAAUCAUAAUGAAAAUUCUGUACAAAAUGACACUGAAGAAAAUCGUACAGUCACUUUGGUUGACUUAACCGCAGAAUCUGAUGAAGAACCAACACCUACAUCUACGUCAUUUAACAAUCCAGUAAAUCCAUGGACAGGAGAACACAUUCAAAGAACGCAUAUGUAUCACAAUCGACAUAUGUAUUAUCGUCAUCGAACUCCAACUUUACAUUCAAGAUAUAGUACGCUAGGAGAUACAACAACAGGAACUACAUCUUCUCGUAUGCAUCCUGUACAAGAAAGAUUAUGGAUGAAUCAACAACGUGUUCAAGAGGUUCAUAGAAGAAGACUUUAUCCAAGAUCUUCGUCGCAUCAUACCAGUUGUAUGCCACAGAAUACGCAUAUAAAUCAAACCGCAGAACAUGAACAUACUUAUGGGAAUUGUUUUCCUCCAACUCAUAUUCAUUCAACUACUCAUUGCAAUGGAAGCGAUGCUGUUCCAUUUGCUGAAAAUUAUAUCUCGCCUUCUCUUAUACCACCACGAUUAUUACCGUCUAGAGUCUUGCCACCACCGCAACAACCAACUGUUUACAGUCAUCCAGAAGCAAGAGGACCACCAAAUUUUGCUCCUACUUGUGCACCAACUAUGAUGGUAAACCAUUUAAGUGAUGUAGAAGAAAUGGAACCUUCUCAGGAUAUGAUGACAUCAAUACCAGUUCAUCAACACGUUCAUCAUCAUAUGUAUCAUUAUGAUACACAUCCACAAAUACCUCAGCGUAUGCAUCAUGUUCAUAUAAUGCCUUCACGUAUGCAUCAUCUUCAUAUAAGUUUCUCUCCAAACUUGCAUACAUCUAUAACACGUGGAAAUACGUUACCAUCUACAGCAGGUUUACCAGAUUUAAUAUUACAUCAACCAAGGCAUAUGUCUGCACGUCUUGAAAAUUACAUGCGAAUCGUUGAUUUACGUCGUAUGGCUCAUAUAAGUUAUGGUGCUACUCAAGAAUCUAUCGAAAGUCACACAUUCCCACAUAAAUACAAACGGGUAAAAAAAGUAGAAAAUGGUGAAGAUGCAAUUGAAAAGUGUACGAUAUGUUUAUCAGAAUUUGAAGAUUGUGAAAGUGUGAGGAGGCUUCCAUGUAUGCAUUUAUUCCACAUAGAUUGCGUCGACCAAUGGUUGUGCACCAACAAACGUUGUCCUAUUUGUCGAGUAGAUAUCGAAACAUUUUUGCAAAAAGAAAUUAUUGUGUAGCUUUUGAUUAAUAAGCUCCAUCUGUUAUAUUUCACAUAUUACAUAAAAAAAAAAGAAAAAAAAAAGAAAAAGGAAAGAAACUAACAGAUGUAUAUGCUUAGAAGGUUCUUUGAAGAACUUACUUUUUUAAUAGUACAACGCGUACAGGUUUGAAAAUUUUGCUAUACAUAAUCAAAGAAAAAUACAGCCACAGGCAUAAAGUUAAGACAUAUUUAUAGUUGAUAAAAGAAAAAAAAAAAAAAAACAGAAAGAAAAGAAGUAAAAUAUCUUUUUAUUUGAUUUUAUUUGUAUGAUAUAUUCACACAUUUUUUUAUGUACAUUAUUAGUUGUAAAUAUUGGUGAUUAGAUUAGAUUAGAUUAGAUAUAUAAAUGCAUUUCCAAUAUUUAUGUUUUUAAAAAUGUCCAAAAUUAUAUUAUAAUAUGCAACAAUAUGAGAAACAGUCCUCUUUCUUGUAUUAAAUUGAUUGCAUGAAAUGUAAAAUAGUAUUAUCUUCUUUUUUUUUUCUUUUUUCUCUCUCUUCUUUUCUUUUUUUUUUUUUUUACAUAUAGAACAGUUAAUAAUGUUAUUGAUACUUGUAAACAUUUGUAAUAUCUUUUUGUGAAAAUUAAAUCAAGAUAUUAUAAUAUUUUAUCUAGCGUUUCUAUUUCAGGAAUUUGUCUACCAAAAAGAACUUGAAUUGAAAAAAAAAAAAAAAAAAGAAAGAAAAGAAAAGAAAGUUAGAAGAAUGAUUACAAAAAGAAAGUACUUCCCUCUUUUCAAGAUUUUUAUCUAAUUCGAAUUGUUUUUUAUAUAAAAGUUAUGUUACGAAUAUUAUUUGUGACUAUUCUUAAUAGUAUAUCGAGAUCUAAAUGUAUAUUAUGUGCUACACAAUAAAAAAUAAUAUUGUUUUUAUAUUGAUAUUUAUAUAGAAAAUUAUAUAAUUAAAAUCUAAGUUACUGCUAGAAAGUAACAUGUAAUUAAACAAAUUACUUCUUGCUUAAUUUUUCGUAUUCGAUUUAUGAUAAUAAUAUGGUAUUUACUGUGGUGCUAACUUUAUAAAAA